GUGUUUCGGGCUUAUUAUCCAAAGAAAUAGCGAAAGACGCUAUUGCACUAGAUAUACCGUAGUUUUGUUUUAUUUUAUUUAUUUUUUAUACUGCUGACAGUAUUGACUUCUUACUUGCACGGCGUGUUCUAUUAACGCCUAGCAUCGUAUGCAUUGUUUAUCAUCCCUGCUUCUUUCUCACAUCAGUCAACACACACAUACACAAAUCGAGAAGAGCAGGUUGGUUUCGGUGAUUCGCUUUAAUGAUGGCGUUGUUUCGCAGUUUUGUGUCCGGGACCCAGCAGAAGCAGAGCGUGGGUGCCGCAGCCGCCCCUGGUGACAGCAUCGAAAGCCAGUAUUCGUGUCCAAUCUGCCUGGAGGUCUAUCACAAACCCGUAAGCAUCGGCAGCUGUGGACAUACUUUCUGCGGGGAGUGUCUACAGCCCUGCCUCCAGGUCCCGUCUCCCCUCUGCCCGCUGUGCCGCAUGCCUUUCGACUCGAAGAAGGUGGACAAGUCCUCCAGCAUGGAGAAGCAGCUGUCUUCCUACAAGGCUCCCUGCCGGGGCUGCAGUAAAAAGGUUACCCUGGUGAAGAUGAGGUCUCACAUUUCCUCUUGUACAAAAGUUCAGGAACAAAUGGCAAACUGCCCAAAAUUUGUCCCCAUAGUGCCCACCUCCCAGCCCAUCCCCAGCAAUAUUCCAAACCGCUCAACGUUUGUGUGUCCGUACUGUGGGGCCAGACACCUGGAUCAGCUGGAGCUGCUCAAGCACUGCAUGGAGAACCAUCGCAACGACCCCAAUAAAGUGGUAUGUCCUGUGUGUUCAGCCAUGCCCUGGGGUGAUCCUAGCUACAAGAGUGCAAGCUUCCUGCAGCACCUCCUACACCGGCACAAGUUCUCAUACGACACGUUUGUGGAUUACAGUAUUGAUGAGGAGGCAGCUUUGCAGGCAGCCCUCACACUCUCACUCUCUGAGAAUUAGAGGCGCCAGUCCGGCCUCCAUCCAUCCAGGACCAUCAUCCUUUGCACUGGGAACCUCCCUCUCUCACUUCCUGCUGAAUUCCACACUGGGUAACACCAGGCAAAACAAACAUGCUGUCCCUUUCACUGUUUUGUAUUAUCAUGUAAAGCAGCAUUUCAAUUGUUUAUUUGUGUUGUUUAUUUAUUUUGCCAAGUGUGGAAGCUCUAUUGACGGCCUCUAGAAAAUAUCAGGGAACUGUUAAGACCCAACUCACCCCCUGCAUAAGGCUUCCACUUCCCCCUUUUUACAGUCGUGAAUUCCAGCACUUUUCUACAGUAUUGUACUGCUAAUAUUUUAUAGUUGACUACAAAAAUAAUACAUAUAUUCUUCAUAUCGCUAUAACUUGUUUAGAUACAACAGUGUUUUUUAUAAAGCAUAAGAAAUAUAUUUUUGAAAACAUUUCUUUAAAAG